AUGUCCAUAUUACCGUUCACGCCUCCCAUAGUGAAAAGGCUUCUCGGUUGGAAGAAGGGGGAGCAGAACGGCCAAGAGGAGAAAUGGUGCGAAAAAGCUGUGAAAAGUCUGGUGAAAAAGUUGAAGAAGACCGGACAGUUGGACGAGUUAGAAAAGGCCAUCACAACGCAGAAUGUCAACAGCAAAUGUUUAACGAUACCGAGAUCACUAGAUGGGAGACUCCAGGUCUCGCACAGAAAAGGUCUCCCUCACGUCAUUUACUGCCGCCUGUGGCGCUGGCCCGACCUGCAGUCGCACCAUGAGCUGCGGGCCAUCGACCAGUGCGAAUAUGCCUUCCACACAAAGAAAGAUGAAGUGUGUGUGAACCCCUAUCACUACCAGAGGGUGGAGACACCAAUUUUGCCGCCUGUUCUGGUUCCACGACAUACAGACAUCCCCGCUGAGUUCCCACCAUUGGAUGACUACAGUCCCUCCAUUCCAGAGAACACCAACUUCCCUGCUGGCAUUGAACCACAGAGUAAUUACAUACCAGAAACCCCCCCACCAGGGUAUCUGAGUGAGGAUGGCGAAACAAGUGAUCAACAACUUAAUCACAGCAUGGACACGGGUUCACCCAGCCUGUCACCCAAUCCUGUGUCACCCACAAACAAUAAUCUUGACCUACAACCUGUGACUUACUGCGAAUCGGCGUUCUGGUGCUCCAUCUCCUACUACGAGCUCAACCAGCGUGUAGGAGAGACUUUCCACGCCUCACAGCCCUCCCUCACAGUUGACGGCUUUACUGAUCCCUCCAACUCGGAGCGCUUCUGUCUGGGCCUUUUGUCAAAUGUUAAUCGCAAUUCUGCUGUGGAGAUCACACGCAGACAUAUAGGAAGGGGUGUAAGGUUGUACUACAUUGGUGGGGAAGUGUUUGCAGAGUGUCUCAGUGACAGCGCCAUCUUUGUCCAGAGUCCGAAUUGCAACCAGCGUUACGGCUGGCACCCUGCUACUGUCUGCAAGAUUCCUCCAGGUUGCAACUUGAAGAUCUUCAACAACCAGGAGUUUGCUGCUCUUCUUGCCCAGUCGGUCAACCAAGGAUUCGAGGCAGUAUACCAACUCACCAGGAUGUGCACCAUUCGCAUGAGUUUUGUCAAAGGAUGGGGUGCCGAGUACAGACGUCAGACAGUGACUAGCACCCCCUGCUGGAUAGAGCUACAUCUCAACGGUCCUUUGCAGUGGUUGGAUAAGGUUCUCACACAGAUGGGCUCCCCUAGCAUUCACUGCUCCAGUGUGUCUUAA